AUGCCUUCGAGGACGCCUAGCGCCGCUGGCUCGAGGCCACUGCCGCUGCCGCCGGACGGCAGUGAAGGUUGCGACCGCUGCAGCGGAAGAGGAGACCACGGUUGCGCGGUGAGGCACUGCUUGCCUCGUCGGAUCAGGCUUCUCCUCGCCGGCUGGGCUGGUCCUCGCCGGAUCUGGUGGUGGCCGCCACCAUGUGCUUCAUGCGGCCUCCUGCAGCGCGCCGGAGGAGAGAAGGUGAAGGGGACCGCGCCACCAAAUCCCACCACCGCUGGAGCUCGUCGGGAGGUCGUGCCACCAAGCCAUGGCACUGAGCUCCGCCACCGUGCCUCCGCUGGGGGAGGGGACAGGGUCCCGCGCGCCGUCGGCGCAGGAGGAGGGGGACGGGCCCCCGCGCGACUGCCGACGCUGGAGGAGGGCACCGAGCCCCACGCGACCGUCGGGAGGCCGCGCCCCAGAACCCCCGCCACCCUAGGCUUCCACUUCAUCCCCUAUCGAGGCAACAGAGAGAACAUGCAGGUGCGGCAGUUCAUGGCACAGCGCUGCUAUUCAUUAGGACUGUUUCCAUUGCAUGCAAGCAUGCAUACAGCUGUAGGUCUACGAACGGAUCAGCCACACACGCCCAAAGGUUCGUUUUCAAUACAAUGCAAACUGAUGCUUCGUAUUAGAAUAUCUAUGUAA